AUGCUGAAGGAUGACAAGAAGAGAGAGCGCGUUGCCAAAUUUGAAGAGGCUAAUAGCGGACGAUACAAGUGGCUUUUGGAUAUCAAGGACGGAGAUGGCAACCCGAUUGGCUCGCCCGACUACGACCCCAGGACACUUUACAUUCCUAAAUCAGCAUGGGAAAAGUUCACUGAUUUUGAGCGGCAAUUUUGGGAGAUCAAGGGACAGAAUUUUGAUUCGGUCGUGUUUUUCAAGAAGGGCAAAUUCUACGAGCUGUAUGAGAACGACGCUGAUAUUGGGCACCAGCAGUUUGACCUCAAGUUGACCGAUCGAACGAACAUGCGGAUGGUUGGUGUGCCCGAGUCGAGUUUUGAGUAUUGGGCAGCACAGUUCAUUGCCAAGGGCUACAAAAUUGCGAGGGUGGACCAGAUGGAGACCGCUCUUGGGAAGGCCAUGCGUGAGCGUGAUGGAGCAAUAAAGAAGUCGGCGGUACAAAAAGUCAUUCGCCGCGAGCUGCACUCGAUUUUAACCGCAGGGACACUGACAGACUCGGGACUGUUGACGAACGAGAUGGCGACGUAUUGCAUGGCUAUCAAGGAGCUCGUCCGACCGGGAGCGGAGCAUUUGCCGACACAGUUUGGAGUCGCUUUUGUCGACACAUCGACCGCAGAGUUCAACUUGGCGACAUUUUACGACGACAUGGACCGCACCAAAUUUGAAACGCUGAUUACACAAAUCAAGCCUAAAGAGAUUGUCGUGGAGAAGGGUGGAUUGAGCGUGAGGAGCACCCGGAUUCUGAAGAACAGUCUUGGCGCGAACACGAUAUGGAACCAUCUGCAACCUGAAUCCCAAUUCUGGAAUGCUCUCGAUACUGCGGACGAGCUCCGGAUCCGCGCAUACUUUGGGGAGGACGUUCCAGGGACAGUCGCCACCGACUGCUGGCCACCUGCUUUGCAAAAGAUGAAGGAUUACGGUGCCGUUAUGAGUGCUUUGGGCGGUUUGGUCUGGUAUUUGAGAUCGCUCAAACUGGAAACAGAGCUGCUGUCCUUCAAGAACUUUCACAUUUACGACCCUGUUCGGCAGGCGUCGACUUUGAUCCUGGAUGGUCAGACCCUGUCAAACCUGGAGGUUUUCCAGAACAACAGCGAUGGUACCGAUACGGGAACUGUCCUGAAGCUUCUCAAUAGAUGCGUCACUCCUUUCGGCAAACGUCUUUUCCGACGCUGGCUCUGCCAUCCACUGAGGUCCAUUCCAGCUAUGAACGCAAGACUGGAUGCAGUCGAGGAUUUGAUGCGUGUCCCAGGGUUUUUGGAGCUCUUUGAGGAGAAAUCCGCCAGAUUCCCAGAUCUGGAGCGCAUCGUGAGCCGUAUCCACGCUGGUUCCUGCAAGAUCUCUGAAUUUCUUGUUGUCCUUUCAACAUUCAGGGAUACUGCACAGCGAUUGGGCUCGUAUACUGAGCAGUUUAAGUCCAGGAAGCUGGAAUCAAUUCUUGCCGAGCUACCGGACUUGACAGUGCAUUUGGAGUAUUUUGACAAGGCCUUCGACCAUGAAGUAGCCGCGACUGAAGGGAACGUCAUCCCCUACCCAGGUUUUGCAGAGGACUACGAUGCCAACAACGAGACGCUCAAACAACUCGACUCUGAGUUUGCUCAACAUCUCGAAAAGGCCAAGCGCGACCUGAAGACUACGAAAGUGAUAUACAAGGACUUGGGCAAGGAGAUUUACCAGCUUGAGGUGUCCAACAAGGUGGCCGCGCCCAAGAACUGGAAAAAGAUGUCGGGAACAAGCACUCUCAGCCGAUACUACAACCCCGAGUUAAUCUCAUUGGUGACUCGACUUCAGGAAGCCCGAGAGACCAAGAGCGCUAUCAUGAAGGAGCUCCGGGGUCGUCUCUAUGCCAAGUUUGACGAGAACUACAAGGAUUGGCUGAAAGCUGUCCAUAUCAUUGCAGAGAUCGAUUGUCUCGGAUCGCUCUCAAAGAGCAGCUCUGCCUUGGGCUCACCGGCUUGCCGACCAGAGUUCGUUGAAAGCGAGACGUCAGUCCUGGAGCUGGAGUCGUUGCGACAUCCCUGCGUGAUUCCUGGUAUCGCGUCUGAUUUUAUUCCCAACGACACUGUGCUUGGAGGACAGAGCCCCAACCUGAUCCUGUUGACUGGACCUAACAUGGGUGGUAAAUCGACAUUGCUUCGACAGACAUGCGUGGCAAUCAUCAUGGCUCAGCUGGGAUGCUAUGUACCAGCAGAAAAGUGCAGGCUGACGCCGUUUGAUCGCAUCUUUACAAGGAUCGGAGCCAACGACAAUAUUCUGGCUGGCCAGUCCACGUUCAUGGUUGAACUGUCCGAGACAUCGAAGAUCCUUGCCGAGGCAACAGAGCGGUCUAUGGUGAUUCUGGAUGAGCUGGGACGAGGCACGAGCACGUUUGAUGGAUAUGCGAUUGCAUACUCUGUCCUACAUGAGCUAUCUACGAGGGUUGGAUGUCUGGGCCUAUUCUCUACACAUUAUGGUACCCUGACAGAUGAAUUCGAGCGAGACCCUAACGUGGCACUGAAGCAUAUGGCAUGCCAGGUGGACCAGGCUAACCGAGAGGUGACUUUCCUGUACAAGCUGAUCGAGGGCGUGUGCGAGAAGUCUUAUGGCAUGAACGUCGCGCAUAUGGCAGGCGUUCCUCGAAAUAUUGUGGAUCGGGCGGAGCAGAUGGCAGAAGCGUUUGAGCUCAAGCAAGAGACGAAGCUGGAGGAGGAGAUGCGGACGACGCGAGGCAGCAAGAAUGUUGGGCAGGGCAUAAUUAUGGACCUGGCGUAUCUGCUCAGCCGGGUCACCGGCCAGGGUCAGAAGGAUAGUGAGGAGAUGGAGGAGAAUUCUGCAGCGCCUGGUGACCGAGAGUUGUCACGGAAAGCCGGCUGCCGACGAUUAACCAAGGACCAGGAAACGAAGGUUCUGGGGCGCAUCUUUGAGGCCAUGGCCAAUCUAUAA